AAUGAUAUGGAGUAUGCAAUGAACGAUAAAUUCUUAGUUAACUUUCUGACAUUUAUCAUCUUUAGUGUGUGAAAAAUGUGUUCAAUUUUUUGUAAAUAAAUAAUAUUCUAUCAUUCGCUGGAAGUGUGACUGGAAUUUGCAAACUAUCUAAUUUAUAUUUUUUUGGUAAUUUAUAUAGUUUGAGAUGGCUUCAUCUUCAGGUAGCGAUAGUGACGAUUCAGUUCAAACGGAAGAAGAAAGGGAUUCCAUUCGGGAGGAUCUCAGCAAAAUGAGUUUUGAAGAGAUCAUGAAAUUAAAAGAACAACUGGGAGCAAAGGUGUACAAAGAAGCAGUUUUGGGUGUUAACGAUGACUCGACUUCGAAAUCACACAGUAAAAAACCUGCUACAUUCAAACGAUUGAAUAAAAAUCGUCCUCGUGAAUUGUCUGCUAAAAGACAAGUUCCCUUUAUAUCUAUUGAACAGAAAAAAUCUAGUAAAACAGAGGAAAGAGUAGCCGAUCCUCGUUUUGACGGCAAUUGUGGAGAUUUUAAUGUGAAUCAUUUCAAGGAAAAUUAUAAAUUUCUCUCAAAAGUUCGACUGAAAGAUAUUACCCGUCUUCGUAAGCAAUUACGCGAAACGACCGACAACAAUGAAAGAAAAGCUCUACAAGUAGAAAUACAAAGAUUGGCUAACAAAAAUGUUGAAGAGAAAAAGUGGCACAUAAAGCAAAAUCAGCUUAAACGAGAGAAGUUAGAAGUCCAGCAAGCUAUACAAAAAGGACUACGGCCACAUUACGUAACGAAGAAGGAGCGUCGUGCUAAGGAAUUGGUUACACAAUUUGAGCAACUCAAAAAAUCUGGAAAACUAAGCAAACACUUGGAAAAACGACGAAAGAAAAAUGUUGCCAAGGACCGCAGACAGCUUGGUUUUGCAUAGGAUUAAAUUUAAUUUUCAAUUCUGAAUAUAUUUCAUUAAACAAAAUAAAUGUAUCUAUAAUUAAAACUCAGCCUGUUC